AGUUCCCUGUCUAUGGCAGUUCGUUAUGGCGGCCCAAAAACUGCUCUUAGAGAUGAUGGAGUACAAAUCUUAACUGCAAUGACAUUCGAAGAAUGAAUUUAUGAAAGGGCAAAGGAAGGGAAUGGGAUAACUAAACAGGACUGGGGGUUUGAGCAUUUUCAUCAGUGAGGCUGGUCUCGAUCCAUUUGCUGUCUGGCCGUGAAUACUUGGAUGUACAAGUACAUCCUGUGUCCAGGAUGCACACAGCCUCACAUGUGUCAAAACUCUACAGAUGGUUUUCUGUGUGGUUGAGGAAAACAUUUUCUCCUUCUUUUCAUUCUUACUGUUGCAUGAGAGAUGGAAGGACACAUAAACUCUAAGAAAGAAAGAAGAUCAGUAGUGGCCAGACCGGGGAUACAAGCGCCAAGAGAUGGCAUAAUAAGGAAAGAAAGGCAAAGUAUACUCCUUAAAAGGAGAAGGAAACAAGUCCAAGAACCCAGGAUAGAGGACGUGGCAUCAUCCCAUCAACAGAGCUUUCUGUGUGAAAUGCUAUUCGGAUGCUGGAAAAUACUUCCUCACAAUUUCAAAGCCUGCAAGUGUUGAUAAGCACGACCUCCAUGCAGAAUGCAUUUGAUCUUCCCACCGCAAAAUGAGGCAAGCCCGGCAGGACAGGGAUUAUGUCUCCAGGGAGGAAAUUGUGGUUUGUAAUGCUUCAGUGAAGUUCCCUUGGCUGAUGAGUGUUAGAGGCAGUAGCCAAGCCUUGAUUUUCUGAUUCCAGACUCAGUGUCUUUUCUGUGGCAAAUGUCCAAACAUGCUCUACCUUGCAUCUGAUCUUGACCUGGUUUUCCAAGGUCAAAAGUUUUCUCCGUGUCCUGUCUUCUUCCUUGACCCAAGGAAAUUCUCUGCCCCAACAAGUCAGAUGGCUUGUUGGAUGGCUUCUUCCAGAACAGAAAAUAACCCUGAAUGGACUAUGAGAACAGAAAGGGACAAGAGAAGCAUGUAGAUUGGGCCCUACUGACAAAAUCCCAUCGUGGGAUAUAAUUGGUCUCCGCCUUGAUGAAGUUCUCCCUCAGUGAUCCCGAUACUGCGAGGCCACACAAACACAACUGUUAUUCUGACUCCCACUUUGCAGCCCUGAGAACUGAGAUUCAUGACACGCCUUCUAAAGAUCAAGAGCCGGAUGCCAAAUCUUUGUCUGUCUCGGCCUCCCUAUAGGGGAUGGAGCUCUGGUGUGACAGUCAGGAGGCUCUUGGGGUCCAGUCCUCCCACUCAUACCCCGUGCACUCCUGGUCAAGGCUUGUAAACCCUGGGUUUCAUUUCCUUCCACUGUGAAAUGAAGGGACCGGAGGGCACGGUCUCUGAGAAUGUUCUCUGAAGUGGCUGGUAAGAAAGCAAUCACAAAUAUUGAGACAAAAUAUGGUCCAAAUUCUUCAUGCUGGUUCCCAGAUAUGAUUCAGGGAGGGAGCCAACAGAUAGAGGAGGCUACUUAUUUUUGCUGGUGAGGUCGACAGAUACUUCUUUCGAGCUCGAUCAAACAGGAGGUCUGUGCAGGCCACAGCGUCAUUGCACGUCAUGGGGCUUGCGUGCUCCCUCUCUCCCAGCCACUGCUCGAAGCCCGGGAGAACGUUUUUGAAACCAAUCAGGAAAUUACUUAUCAAUCUGCAGCCCCGCAGAGCUAUCAGUCUCCUCGCUGCCAAAGGGAAGGGGAUUUCGAGUUAAAGCUCCACAUCUGCGUGCACUAGAAUUCAAAGACUCCAGCUGUUGGAAGGUCUUGCGAGCAACAGCCAAAGAUGUUUAUCUUGCUCUAUGUUACAAGUUUUGCCAUUUGUGCCAGUGGACAGCCUCGGGGUAAUCAGUUCAAAGGAGAGAGCUACUCCCCAAGAUAUAUCUGUAGCAUCCCUGGCUUACCUGGACCUCCGGGACCCCCUGGAGCGAAUGGUUCCCCGGGGCCCCAUGGUCGGAUCGGCCUUCCAGGACGAGAUGGUAGAGACGGCAGGAAAGGAGAGAAAGGUGAAAAGGGGGCUGCAGGUUUGAGAGGUAAGACUGGACCACUGGGCCUUGCUGGAGAGAAGGGGGACCAAGGAGAGACUGGGAAGAAAGGACCCAUUGGACCAGAGGGAGAAAAAGGAGAAGUAGGUCCAGCUGGGCCUCCUGGAGCAAAGGGGGACAGAGGAGAGCAAGGGGAUCCAGGGUUGCCUGGAGUUUGCAGAUGUGGAAGCAUCGUGCUCAAAUCCGCCUUUUCUGUUGGCAUCACAACCAGCUACCCAGAAGAAAGGCUACCGAUUAUAUUUAACAAGGUCCUCUUCAAUGAGGGAGAGCACUACAAUCCUGCAACAGGCAAGUUCAUCUGUGCCUUCCCAGGGAUCUAUUACUUUUCUUAUGAUAUCACAUUGGCGAAUAAGCAUCUGGCAAUCGGGCUGGUGCACAACGGGCAGUACCGGAUAAAGACCUUUGACGCCAACACUGGGAACCAUGAUGUGGCUUCGGGGUCCACGGUCAUGUAUCUGCAGCCAGAAGAUGAAGUCUGGCUGGAGAUCUUCUUCACCGACCAGAACGGCCUCUUCUCAGACCCGGGUUGGGCAGACAGCUUGUUCUCUGGAUUUCUCCUGUAUGUUGACACAGAUUAUCUAGAUUCCAUAUCAGAAGACGACGAGCUGUGAUCAGGACUGUCGUCCUGAAUGUUCCAAGAUUUUUGUGGCAGACACUUUGACUUAAUCUGGGGCCUUGGAAGGUGGAGGAAUCAGCAAUGAGAUCCAAAGAGACUCCCACUCAGAUUCCAAAGCAUUUACAGAAAAUUCUAGCAGAAUCUAUUAAAACAAGAUGAACCACCAAAUGGUUGAAACCACACCAAGAUGAAUUAUAUGAAACAAUAACCCCAGAUAAGAAUCCUCCUGAAAGCAAUGGUCAUAAAUAUUUAAGCAAAUUAAAGACAAUGUUAACAAAUUUCUGUUAAACUCCCUGAGUGAUAAAAUCAGCUGGCAAUGAUAUUGUCUCAUUAAAUAUUCAUAAAAUUACA